ACUAACUACGCAACCUCAAACGCGUAAACCACAAUUAAGACUGCAUCCAAUCGCUACGAAACUUUCAUUUUCUUCAUUUCAACAUGAUUGUUUUGUUAAUUUUGACAGUUACGUCUUUAUUGAACAGUUUUUCUUGUUCAAAUCCUUGUGUAACUCAAGUAACUAAGCCAGUGGAUCACGCUGAAGGUCCCGUAUGGGAUUACCGAACAGAAACUUUGUAUUACGUCGAUAUUCACGCAGGUGGAUUGUAUUCUUACCAUCCCAAAUCGAAUAACCUUCAACACAUUAAUUUAAAUGGUUCGUUAUCCGUAAUUAUUCCAUCCCAAUCGAAUACAACAUAUUUUUUCGGUGGCUUAAACCGUACAUUAACGUUAAUCCAAUGGGAUGGAGGUAAAGGUUUGGGUAAAACACAAAAUUUAGCUGUUGUUCAACCGGAAUAUCCCAAAAGUAGAUUCAAUGAUGGAAAAGCCGAUAAACAAGGAAGAUUAUGGUUUGGUACAAUGGGGUAUGAAAAUUCUAAAGGCGAUGUAGAUCCUAAUCAAGGUGCCUUAUAUAAAUUUACAAAAAAUAAUUUACAACAUCCCGAUGUUUUAAUACGACCUGUAAAUAUAAGUAAUGGAUUAGCUUGGAAUAAAGCAAACGAUAAAUUCUUUUACAUCGAUACCCCUACAAAUCAAGUUCGACAAUAUGAUUACGAUGAUAAAUCUGGUACAAUUUCAAACCCAAAAAUUGUAUUUGACGUUGACGAUCAUCCAGCUAUAACGGGACAUCCCGAUGGUAUGACGAUCGAUCGCGAUGAUAAUCUUUGGGUAGCUCUUUAUAAUGGAGGGGCCGUUAUUAAAGUAAACCCGCGCACAAAAAAACUUGUAGAAAUCGUACCAAUUCCAGCACAAUUUGUUACAUCCGUUGCUUGGGGUGAUACCAACUUCACCACUUUGUAUGUUACUACAUCAAGAUACGCGUUAAAUAAAGAGGAAAGAAUACGUCAACCAGCCGCUGGGAGCGUUUUUGCUGUUUCAAAUACAAAAUCGAGUGGUUAUCCAGCUAAUUUUGGUGAUAUUAUUAAUUUACCAUAAAAUAAUUUUGUUAAAAUAAAAGCUGUUAAUAAAUAAUAAAGAUUUA